AUGCAGUUUACUCCGGAGAAUAUUCCAGCUCUUGAGGAGGCGGCCAAGAUCCCAAAUUUGUUGCUGAUGUUUGUCAGCUUAAUUGGGAUGAUUGGGAAUGCAAAUAUUAUCAGCGCGACAUACCGACGAAAGUAAGUGUCUUGAUUUUAUUGCGAAACCUUCGUAGUCUUGUUGAAGCGCAUAGUUUUGUCGUUCGACGCUCUUUAAACUUUCGGACGGCAGGAUAAUUGCCACUUGACCAAAUUGUUUCGUAACCAUAUGUAAGUUGCAUACAGGCUCGACUGAGAAGUGCCCAAAUGUUCUUUAAGUUCUGCACACACUUUCCGCAUGAACCACAUCCCAACCCCUGAAAGGUACAGCUCGCACUUUACAAGGGCAGUUCAGAUACGCAACGAUCUUUGCGGCGGAGAGAGUACGCGAUACAGCAGAGAGAAGAACACUUUUUGAUCAUAAGUUUCGUGGCAAAAAGUUUGGUCUAUGUAUGUGGAAACAUUGCAAUCCCAUGACAGAAAUGAACAUCAAACUUGUCAUCUCAAAAGUCACUAGAAAGACCCACAAUUGCCAUGUUCCGGCCUUAAAUCAGUCUUUUUCUGCAGAAAGCUUAGCAGGAGCCUCGGAUAUACAGAAAUUAGAAACAUUUACUCGGAAAUUGUAUAAUUAAAUGUGCAAUUGCUAGGCCCAUUUUUCUUUGGUUACUGCUACAAUGGCGGACCUGAUCCAGUGGCAAAAGCGUACAAUUUUGCAACCGGAAAGUACAUACAAAAAAUAAAGGAAAAUACCUCUCUUUUCAAGUGAAAAAGCUCUUUUUGUGAGGGCAAGGGUGCGCUAUUUUUUCGAUCAGAGAGGGAAGUAUUUUGCUACAUUUUUUUUGAUACCUCCAGGAUGGAAAAUGGUAAGUUUCUGCUACGGGAACAGCUUCGUCACUGUAUCUGCCCGGCCUUCUCAUUGACUUCCUCACAAAUUUUAGCUGUGGUGUUGUAAAUAUCUUGGUGUAUUUUGCUAUGCUUUGUUUCAGAUCUCUCCGCUCUCCUUCCAAUAUUUUCAUUGCAUUUACUGCAUUUGGCGACUUUCUACAUGAAACUGGUAAUAUUGUUUCGGGUUAUCUUGCCUUUACCUCAAAUUGGGUAUUGCCCCUCGACACUUGCUUCAACAUUCAAUUUGUCUUCACUUUCGGCACAGGUAUCUCUGCCAUCAUGUUGUUCCUGACCGCGUUGGAUCGGCUGGUCUGCGUUCUCUUUCCUCACAAGUACAACAAGUGGAGCAAGUCGGUAAUUAUAAGCGGUGGAAUUACGAUUUCGUUUCUGGCUGUUGCGCUUUACAUUUUCUAUGGGUAUUUGCACGUGGAAAAAGCAUAUCGCUAUUGCAAAGUGUGGUCGGAGCUUCCGUUCGAUUUGUCAACAAUCUUCUUCGUCGCAGGCACCAUUUUCGUUUUGCUUACAAUUAUAUUUUACGUUGUGAUUUGGGGCGUCCUGCGGUAUAGAAACUAUCAAAAUUCGAAGCAAAUGCUCCGCUCAAUUACUGCAGUCAGCAUGUGCAUCUGCAGUGGAUGGUUGAGCAGUAUGCUUAUUAUAUCGUAUUUCCUGGUGGUCCAACUGGCGGACGAUUACAACACCGUCUUGUAUUCGGGGUUACCAAUGGAAAUUUCGGUUGCAUUGAACUAUCCGCUGCUUUACAGUAUGAGGUGUGUGUUUUGUAACUAAAGAGGUUUGGUAUCUUAAAAUCUGUGUGAUUAUAGUUUUUUUUAGCCGAGAGUACAGGGCCGCAUUCCGACGGCAAUUGCAUUCCUUCACACUCGGGUUCCUCUUCAUCGAAACGAAAACAGAAUCUCAGGUCAUUGCACUCUCAUAG